CUAUAAAAUCUUCUCUCCCUUGCUUCAAAUCCAAUUGCGAGAACAAGGACUCCAGGGCACAUUGUAUUGUAAGCAGGAAAUGAGGAAGCCCGAUCCCCUGGGGAAGAAGAACAACAACAUCCCCAACAAGCUCAGGAAGGGCUUAUGGUCACCAGAGGAAGAUGACAAGCUCAUCAACUACAUGCUAAGCAAUGGGCAAGGUUGUUGGAGCGAUGUCGCCCGGAAUGCUGGCUUGCAGAGGUGUGGCAAGAGUUGUCGUCUCAGAUGGAUUAAUUACUUGAGGCCUGACCUCAAGCGUGGAGCCUUCUCACCCCAGGAAGAAGAGCUCAUUAUCCAUUUGCACAGCCUCCUUGGCAACAGGUGGUCUCAGAUUGCAGCACGUUUGCCAGGGAGAACAGACAACGAAAUAAAGAAUUUCUGGAAUUCCACAAUAAAGAAGAGGCUGAAGAACUCAUCAUCAUCGUCGACGCCAUCACCCAACAACAGUGAUUCGUCGGAGCACAGAGAUGUCAUGGGAGGGCUGAUGCCCAUGAGUGAGCAGGACAUCAUGGCCUGGUGCAUGGAUUCAUCUUCUUCAUCGUCACCUUCCAUGCUGGCGAUGGCCAUGAGCAACCAAUUCCAGACAUUGCCUCCGCUCGACAACAGCUACGACAUGUCUGCAACAGCUGGAUACUUCAACAAUGCAUCCCAAUGCUUUACACAAGUUGGGGUGGGAGAUAGUUUCUAUGGGGAUCAUGGGAUCUUUGGUGGUGGUGAUGACAUGGGGGUAGGAGUAGGAGGGGAGCUGUUUGUUCCUCCAUUAGAGAGCAUUGGCCUUGAGAACAGUACUGUAACUGAUAGUGACAUCCAUAAGAAGAUCCCUAACUACACUAAUAACGACCAUUACUUUAGUAACAUUGACAGUAUCAUCAAUCACUGCAACAACAGCAGUAGCAGCAGUAACAAAAUAGAGRACCUGAUAGGAGUAGGGAGUUAUUGGGAAGGACAAAACUUGAGAAUGGGGGAAUGGGAUUUGGGAGAUCUUAUGGGAGAUGUCUCUUCUUACCCUUUCCUUGAUUUCCAAGUUGAAUAAUUGAUCACCCUUUGAUCUCCUUCCCCCUCCUUUUUUUGGUUUCUUUUUUCUUCAAUAUAGAAAAUAGAAAACCCCAUUUUGUUAGUUGAGACCCCUUUUUCUUUUUCCUCAGAAUUCAUGCCUAAAAACCCAUGUCAUAGGAAAUCUGAAGGAGGAAAACUAUUUCCCAUAAUUACAAAACCACCUGAAAGCCUCUGGUUGGCAACCUAGGUCUCUGCUCUAGGUAAUCUCAAUUCUCCUUUCAUGUCUUUAAACCAGGAAACCAAGUUACAAAUACUGUCAUAUAUACAUGAUGUCGGAAGGGAUUGCAAUAAAGGUCAUAGAUACAAUAUGUACUUUGGUGAUGCUGCACAUGUAACUUUUUUUCCCCUGGUAAGGGUAUUUUAGUCAUUUUUGUGAGGUGGGGUUUGGUGCAAUAAUCAUCAUCAUGCUUGUGAAGAAAAAAAUGUGAAUAGUCACAUUCAGGCUAGCUAGAAACGACAAUUAAUAAGAUUAGGUGGUAAACUGUAGUGAUUAUGAGAUGUACAAAGGAAUUAUUUUAGUGGAAAUAUGUAGGUUGUACCACACUUUGAUGAAGUAAUAGAAUCAAUCUCUU